AUUAGGUGUUCACUGAUUGAAAUGUUUGUUUACUUUUAAAUUUAAAAUCAAGCGUAAAUAAUAAAAAAAUAUGAUUUUAUUUCGAUCAAAUAAUCAAUUUCACGUCAGUUAGGAUGCGAUUAGUGAUGGAUUAGGCCGUUAAAGUGACUCUUUAUUCAUUCGAAAUCAUUCCAUUUAUUCAAUCAAUAGUUAAAUAAUUUCUUUCCCCACCCUACUAAAACUAAAGCUAAACUAAUCUUGUGAGGAUUUGUUGCUCAUCUUCAUCUUUUUUUAAAUUUUAAUUUAGCUUCUUUUUAGUUUAGCUCCAGUUUGACGGUUACAAAAAUAAAUAUAAAUACAAAAAAGUAAGUAAGCAAUUUGAGAAAAUGAACUGCAUUCCAAUGUGGAAUGCCUGCAAUAGGCAGAUCGACUACAUCAACAAGCAACAUGCGGGACUGAUAGCCAUCCCGGAUGACAUCCUCAGGUACGGAAAAACCCUGGAGGAACUUUUGCUCGAUGCCAAUCAGCUCAGGGAACUACCUAAGAAACUCUUUCAAUUAACUUUGUUGAAGAAAUUAACAUUUAGUGACAACCAGAUCAUAAAAAUCUCUUCAGACAUUGGCCAGUUGGUUAAUCUCCAAGAGAUAGAUGGCAGUAGAAAUGAAUUAAUGGACAUCCCAGAUACAAUAAGACACUGCAAAGAAUUACAUUUUGUUGAUUUUAGCAAUAAUCCAUUACAGAAAUUUCCUCUGGGUUUUACCCAGCUGCAGAAUUUAGCCAACCUAUCACUGAAUGACACGUCACUAAGCAUGCUGCCCAAUGACUUUGGAAGUCUAACAAAUGUGGAGGCGUUAGAUUUUAUAGAAAACCUGUCAAAUAUCUACUGCAUUCUAACUAAUUUGGAGACCUUAGAACUUCGUGAGAACCUUUUAAAGUACCUUCCUAUGUCGAUUACCUCCCUAACUAAGCUCAAGCUUCUUGAUUUGGGCAGUAACAGUUUUGAAGAACUCCCCGAGACGAUAGGGUCGUUGGUGAAUUUGGAGGAAUUAUUGUUGGACUCUAACGAAUUAUCGUCACUGCCUGUGGAGCUAGGCAACCUAAAAAAGUUAACCCAAUUGGACGUCUCGGAAAAUAAACUGGACAAACUGCCGGAACAGAUUGGUAACCUUUUGAACUUGUCUGACCUACUUUUGUCAGAAAAUCAGGUCGAAUAUUUACCAGAUAGCAUAGGACUUUUGAAAAAGUUAACGGUUUUGAAGGCCGAUCAAAACCACCUCAUACACUUGACUACGAAGAUAGGAAAUUGUUCAAGUCUGCAAGAGUUAAUUCUCAUUGAAAACUUAAUACUGGAAAUUCCUCCCACGAUUGGCAAAUUGAAAUACCUGAUGGUCCUCAAUGUUGAUAGAAACAGGAUCCAAGUGAUCCCAAAAGAGAUCGGAUCUUGCACGCGAUUGGGUGUCUUCAGUAUUCGCGACAACAACAUCAGCCUCGUCCCGCAAGAAAUCGGUAAUCUCAGGCAACUGAAAGUUCUCGAUGUGGCGGGAAACAGGCUAUGCAAUCUACCAUUGGCUCUUGGUUCUUGUCCUCUGAAAGCCCUCUGGCUGUCUGAGAACCAAGCCACGCCCCUUCUUAAAUUCCAAAAGGAUGAAGACGACGACGGCGAAAAAGUGCUUACGUGUUUCUUAUUACCCCAGCAGCGAUGCAACGUCACAGUCAACAACAACAACAACAACAAAGAUGACAACAAUAACAAUAACAAUGAUGACGACCAUCAACUAAGAUCCAACAACAACACCCUGGAUCGAGAAACCAGCUGGGCAGACCAACCCAGGCUGUCCACUGUCAGGUGGGACGUGGAGGAACCGGCUGCCAGUGAAAAUAAAUCCGAAACGCACUUCCAUCGCCAGAACACCCCCUUCCCUAAGGAACUUCGAACUCGUCACCACCCCCACAAACCACAUCAUCCUCCACACGUCAUGAAAGAUUCCUUCGAUCGAGCCAAAAACACUGAAUCGGAUCCGCUCCUUCCGGCUACAACAACAUCGUUGCGUCAGCAACAACAACGAAACGACGUCACGUCUACAACAUCUGGAAUUCCCAACGUCACAUCCUCGACUUCGGGAAUUCCAAGUUUCAGUUUGCCGGGGACCAAUCAGAGGACAAAGAACUGGAUCAAUGCUUCGCUGGACACUACCACUGAGUCAAACAACCUCCUGUCAUUGGACGGAAUAUUGAACCAGCAGAAGCGAGGCUUCGGACUGGCCAAUUCAAAAACCAGGAUCAGCUCGACAGCCAAUGAGACGACAGAUAGCAAAGCCAUUCCGACAUUUGAAAAGCUACCUAACUCCAAAAAUAAAACGCCUCAAAAUUUAAAAUCAGAUGACGACGACGACGAUGAUGACGUAACGAUGACGAUGGAUGGAAUGAGAGAAGAAAGAAUAAACAUCCAUUUUACGAGAAAACCUGGAGUCGGGUUAGGGAUUAGUAUUGCCGGCGGAGUGGGGUCCACACCAUUCAGGGGAGAUGAUGAGGGCAUCUUCAUAUCUCGUGUGACUCCAGGAGGACCUUGCCAUCUUGCUGGCAUCAUGGUGGGAGAUAAACUUCUGGAGGUGAACGGCAACUCGUUAGUGAACGCCGACCACCACAGAGCCGUCAGCGUUCUCAAAGAUGCCGGAAAUGACGUAACUGCCGUGGUUGCCAGACUCGUUGCUAUGGAGAAUAAAGGGAUUGCUAAUCAGGCCAAUUUUCUCAACAACAACAACAAUAAUAAUAAUAAUAAUACAGUUAAAAAUGAACGGAUCGUGAAUGGAGAAAAAGAUGAUGAUGACGACGAUGUUGCAGAUGAGGAUGGCGGAUUUGAUUGGAAGCCCAUUAAAGCCACCUUGAAAAAGAUACCCGGAAAGGGACUCGGGUUUUCCAUCGUGGGGGGGAGGGAAGCGGCCGGAAAUAGAGACGGUGACGAGUCCAUCUACAUUUCAAAAAUCACGGCCGGAGGUUUAGUUGAUCUGCAGACAAACCUGAAACAAGGGGAUAAGUUAAUAGCGAUCAACAACGUAGACGUGCAGUCGAUCGACCACAGUGAAGUGGUCAACCUGUUGAUGAUGCCAGCCAACACCGUUGAGAUACUCGCACAUAGGAAAGCUCGACUACCUCGUCCAUCAGCUCUGCAACAGCAGCAGCAACAACAGCAACGAAAUUCUUCCUUCAACCAGCAGCAACAACAACAGCUGCUUAACAACAACAACAACAACAACGGCAAUGAUGGUAGUAGUAGGAGAAUGAGGAAUGGAUCAGUCAAUAAUUACGACGAUGAAAAUUAUUUAUUCAAGCCGAAAUCCAAAACACUCCUCAACACUUCUUCCACAUCUUCCAAGAUGGGCAACAACAUCUCGCCACCGUUUUCAACAACAACAACAUCAAUAACGACAACAACAUUGUCAAAUAGUUUUACGAGCAACAACAGCAACAUUCAGAAAUUGUUGACCAUCAACACAAGCACACCGCCCUCAAUGUUCUCAACAAAAUCAACGACAUCAGUUGUGUCGCCCGUCGAGAUUCUAUUCACCAGUAGUCCGUCCUACAACAACCCGCCACCGACAACAACGUCAAUGACGUCAUCGUCCACGUCAUCAUCAACAACCGCCGCAAGAACGUCAUCAGCACCAUCAGCAGCUGCGACACUGGCGACAGCCUCGCUACCUCUAAAAUCAGUAAAAACCAACGGUAGAAAUUUCGAAAAUGACGUCAUCAACAAUGGCGCCGACAACAACACAACGUCACUUCCGAAGGUGCCAAAAGUGAAAAAGUCAUCGAAAAAAUCGAGAAUGAACAAGUCAGGCGAUGGUGAUGACGAUGAUGAUGAUGAUGUUGGGGGUGGUCGUAAUGAUGAUGACGUCACCAUCGACCAAUCAAUGGAGGAUUUGAUCCUUGCCGACAACAGCGUUAACCACGGCGAGAAGAAGAAGACCAAAAAAAAGAAAAAAGAUAAACAUUCAGUUGAAACUAUAGUUAUUGAGAAGAAUGGAGGCCCAUUGGGUAUGAGCAUCGUGGGAGGAGUUGAUCGAAUCUGUCAUCCAUUCGGCGUCCUUGACCCUGGAGUUUUUAUUUCAAAGGUCGUCGAGAAUGGGGCCGCAUCUCAUUAUAAUUUGAAGAUUGGUGAUAGAAUACUGGCUGUCAAUGGUAAUAGUUUGAAAGAGGCCACCCAUCACGAAGCUGUAAGCUCACUGGUUAGCCCCGCCUCCGAAGUUACGCUAUUGGUCCAGCACGAUCCGCCCCCGCCUGGAUUGCAAGAGAUAAAACUGAUAAAGAGAGAGGGCGAGAAAUUUGGACUGACGAUAAAAGGAGGGGUGGAUAAGCUGGGAGGGGGGAACAAGAUGGGAGGUAAUCCGGAAGAUGACGCAGAUGAAGGAAUUUUUAUAUCUAAGAUAAAUCCAAUUGGUGUCAUAGCAAAAGAUAGCAGGCUUAAAGUGGGUCAGCGAAUUCUUGAGGUCAAUGGAAUCAGCUUGUUGGGCGUGACCCAUGAUGACGCCGUCCAAUCACUGAGGAGUAUUCAGGGCGGGUUUACGUUACUCGUCUGCGACGGUUACCAGCCCAAAAGUGAAAAAGAUGACGAAAAGAUUAACAAUCAGCCCCUGGAAAGAUUUUAUUCGACUUCCAGUGUCGAUAGAUUAGCUGGAGAUAGUUUUGACCAGCAAACGGUCGUCACCAAACAAUUGAAGUUCGGCAGCAGUCCGGCGAGGCACGCAACGUCAUCGUCGUCAUCACAUGCAGCUGCAGCAACAACUGCAACAUCAUCAUCAUUUGCAACAAAACCACCACAGCCCUCUUCGUCGUCGUCGGCUUCAUCGUCCAUGAUGGUGAAGAAGAAAAAGAAGAAGAUUUUCUCAUCAGCUGAACAUCUUCUUGUCGAUCAUGAUUUGGAGAACGUGCCAACAGCGGCUACAGCAGCGGCGGCAGCAGCUGAUGACGCUAACGCUAACGCGUCGUCAUCCUCGCCGAGUAAGAGAAUCGUGAAGAAGAAAAAACUAAAAGUAAACCAAUCAUUCGACACGGCAAACGACAGCGUCAACAACAACUACGGCGGCAUCAAUAUGGACAGCAGCUUAAUCAUCAGUCCGUCGCGCAAAAAAUACGAUCAUGGGGAUGACGGUGACGACGACGACGAUGUGAUUAAGGAGAUUAAGAAGAUUAAAGGAAGGAAGAAAUUAUUAGUUUGCCGGUUGAAGCGACAUCGAUUGUUGAUCACUAACACGUUGGCCAAUGGGUUUUUGCUGGCUGCCGGAGAUUUCGUCGUUCAGCAGGUGGACAGGUACAACGAGAAAAAAUUAAAUCCGGAAUCCGUGCGAGAGUUUGUUGAUUGGCAGAGAACGAAAAGAUUCCUUAUCACUGGAUUAUGUUUUGGUCCCGUUCUUCAUGGCUGGUACUCACUGCUUGAUUGGAAAUUCCCAAAGGCCACAAUAAGAUCAGUUGCAUGGAAAGUCUUUUAUGAUCAGACCAUCGCCUGUCCGUGCUCCAUCACUUAUUUCUUUUUUGCAACUGGGUUACAAGAAGGUAAAAGAUUUAAGGAAUGCGUGGCAGAGUUGAAGGAAAAAUUUGUUGCGGCCUAUUUGGUGGAUUGGUUAAUAUGGCCUGCUGCACAAACGUUUAACUUUUUUUUCAUUCCUCCAACUUUCAGAGUAAUAUUUGUCAGCUCAACGACAUUUGUCUACAGUAUAUUUCUAUCUUACAUCAAAAAUAUUGAAUUAACUUCUGAACACAAGUGGCUGUCAGCUUUCAAGAUAGAAUAA